AAAUUUCAAUCCGCGAAUCUUUGAUGACGUGCACUCACAUAAAAAACGAGGAGGUUACACAUUAUUCGACCGAGCGCGCGUAACCCUUUUAUUCCUCCACUUUUUCAAAGCGCAAUUAGAUCUUUCUCCAACGCAACAUCAUAGAUAAUCCGCACUUAUUAUAAAUUAUGGGCCAGCUCAUUAAACUAAAUAUUCGGCCUUCUAAAGGAGCUAGUUUCCAACUCGAAAUCGAUGUGGACUGCAACAUUCGACAACUGAAAGAGAAAAUCGGGGAAAAACUCGACAACCUUUCACCCGACCAUAUGAAGUUGGUCUAUUCCGGCAGAAUAUUAAAGGACGAUGAUAUUUGUGAUACUUACAAACUUCGAGAAGGUCAUACCGUUCACGUUGUGAAGUCCACUCCCAAGUCUUCGGCUUCCGAACCCAAUGGGUCUCCAUCUACCACUGAACCAACCGCUACAUCGUCAUCUUCUUCGCCUGCAAAUACUUCCACACCGGCAGUGUCCUCCCAACCACCACUGUCUACAUUUAAUCCAGCUUCUGCUUUUGGACAGACCAAUCAAGGCGGCAUGUUUGGAAAUAUGCCUCCCAUGGCAAUGGAUCCCGACACCAUGCGACAAAUGAUGGAUUCUCCAUUUAUGCAGAGUUUGUUAAGCAAUACAGACUUUGUGCAAUCCAUUAUCAUGAGUGAUCCGCAGAUAAAGGCUCUAGUCGAACAGAAUCCGGAAAUUGGUCACGCCAUCAGAGAUCCCGCAUUCUUAAGGCAAUCGAUGGAAAUGAUGAGAAACCCGGAACUUAUGCGUGAAAUGCAACGGAGCAAUGACCGUGCACUAUCGAACAUUGAAGCGUUACCUGGUGGUUUCAAUCACUUGCGACGCAUUUUUAAUACUGUGCAAGACCCUUUGGAGUCGUCGCUCGGACGUAGCGAUCCAUCGACUGAUGAGGCCAACGAGAGAUUAGCCAGACAGCUUAAUGUGAGCAGUAUACCAGAGAAUCAGAUAAAUACACAAGCUUUACCCAAUCCGUGGGCCGCCACUGCUUCGGCUCAAAAUAAUAAUACACCCAAUCAGACAACCAAUGCAGCCCCUACUGCAGCUCCGCAAAAUCCAUUUGCAGGACUUUUUGGCGCAGGAAAUGGAUCGCCCGGACCUAUGAUGUUUCCUUUUAUGGGCAUGCCGCCAGCAUCGCAGCAGAAUCAACAGAAUCCGUCCGAUACGCCACAACAACAAACCACUGCAAAUGCAGGCGGAAACAAUACGGCUUUACCAUUUUGGGCAGACCCGAAUUUCAUUCAAGCCAGUCUGCGUUUUCAGCAAGCCAUGAUGGCCGGACAACAACAACAACCACAGCAACCACCCGCUUUUCCUGGAAUGUGGGGCUUAGGACCUUUGUCUGGACAAGGUUCCGCCGCUCCUGCAGCCAAUACCGAACCCCCAGAGACUCGCUUCCAGUCCCAAUUAGCGCAAUUAGAGGAAAUGGGGUUUUCGGAAAGACAAGCGAAUGUUCGUGCAUUAUUGGCUACGAACGGUAAUGUACAAGCAGCCAUUGAAUACUUAUUAUCGCAGCAGUGAUGAUGACGACGGUAUCCCGAAUUCUUCUUGAUAACAUUAGAUCAUUCACAUCCCCCACCCUUAUUUUUUUGUAUUACACUAUAUCGUCCAAGAAACCCUUUAGGAAGAAAAUUGAUUUGGAAAUUCCAAGAUAUACCCUUUAGGAAUCAGGUGCCAGUUUAAUAUAUGGCCAAGUCGAUGGUUUUCA